AGUUUAUUUCUAAUGAGAGAGCCAGUUGUGACCGUGAUAAGGAAAAACUCCUUGGUAUGGAGUUGGUAUGAGAAAGAAACCUUGAGAGGAACCAGACCCAAACCAUCAAAACCUUUCUGCAUUUUAGGUCUUUAUCAAUUUCUUGAGGACCAUAAAAAUCCCAAUCAUUUGAUGUCCUUUUUAUGUUUACAGGACAUUUCUUCUGUCCUUACUGCAAUUAUUCAGGACUUUUCCCCUGUUUUCCUCCCCGUGUUUUAUAUCAAUUUAUUGAAAAAUCCUAAAUACAAUGUGUUUAUUUGGGUCGUUUCAUAUUUCUUCGCACCUUCCAUAAAUGCAUUGCUUAUACACACUUGGCGCGCGUGCGUGUGUGUUGUGAUUCAGAUAGCUCGUAGUGAUGGCAGGCCUACGUGGAGCACAUGAACAAAUGGGGCGGGCAGGCGCGAGCACGAGCGCGAGCCAUGACAUCACUUUUCCUGCCUGCGCGAGCCCCAAACACGGCCGAGACACGACGGACCAAACAUCCGGAGUGAGCGCGCGCACUCGCCCGUGAAACAUGGCCACGCUCUGCGAGCUCCACCGAGCGCUCCGGGGCGUCUCUUAGUCCGGGAUAUCUUCACCCACCCGCCUGCCUGCCUAGCGAUCUCCGGUGCUGUGCAUCUUAAGGUAAAGAUGAUGUCCGAGGAGACCCAACACCGAGCGCUUGAGGAGGACCUAGAGUCAGAGGAGGGUGAUCUGGAAUCAUAUUUGGAGGAAGAGAGCAGCAGCGAACUCCUGGAGCGUGUCAGAGAGCUUCAAGCUGAGAACUCUGCUCUUUCCCUCGCCAAUGAGAGCCAGAGAGAAGCUUAUGAAAGAUGCCUGGAUGAAGUAGCCAAUCAUGUCGUCCAAGCCUUGCUCAACCAAAAGGAUCUGCGGGAAGAGUGCAUCAAGUUGAAAAUGCGAGUGUUUGAUUUGGAGAGGCAGAACAGAACACUGUGUGAACUCCUCCAAGAGAAACUGCACAAUCAGUCAUGUGUACAUCAGCAGACUGGGUCCUGCUUGGAACACAUUUCUGAACUACAGCACACUGAUUCAAACAAACAGAAUGAAACUCAGAGGAAUGCACAGUCCAAGGGAAAUGGAGAGUGUGCACAAACCUGCUUUCCUGAAACCCAAAGCUCUACCACCUCAAUGGACGCCUUAUCACCUUUUAUGAAAAAGAAAGCACACAUUUUGGAAGUCUUACGCAAGCUUGAAGAGACGGAUCCUCUACGCUACCAUCGUUCCUCUGGCAUCUCUUCCCUCUGUGAAUAUAGCCAAGCUCUGGUCUCUAAGGAUGCGGUGUUGGCUUGCAGAGACAACUUGCCUCGGUGCAAUAUAACUAAAACGAAUUGUCCCCAUUCCUGUUCAGAUGUUUGUAUCAAUGGAGCAGAGCACAAUAGUGUAAAGUGUGGAAGCUGUAACACAUGUCUAAUUCUAUCCAAUAAGGACUCGUUCAGUUUAGCCAACAGUAGCCACAAUUGUUGCACUUCAAAUACAAUUACUAUCGACAACCUCAACCUGGCUCCGCCUGAAUUCCAUAAGAGUCAAGACCUACAGAGCCACGUGAAGCCUCCUACGGGUACUAGUGAACUCCUAGUAAUCAGGAAGUCUGCUGAUUUGUCUAUUUCGUCUGAAAAAGUUCUUGAACCAUCCAAUGAGCUUUUAGCAACAGCAGCCCCUGACUCUUAUUCUAACUUGGCAGUACCUGAAAGAGACCUUAAUAGAGUGCCUGAUCAUGCACCAGCUAAUUCUACACUGUCAGAGAAAGAGACUAGAGAUAAAAACAGAAUAUCAGAUGUCAGGUUAUCAAAAAGUAGCAACACCACCAGUGAACAAAUUAGUCAUGAAAGUACAAACGAUACAAGUACUCUGGAAACAGACUUUAAGCACUUAAAAACUGUUUUACCACAAAAGCUUGAGAAGGUUACAGAUGCUGAGGAAUUUCUGCAGAUUGUUGAUUCUGAUGUCCAGCCAGUCACCCCAAAGUUACCUAAUCUUGGUUUUAAGGACAACCUCCAAGACACAUAUAGUGAGAUUAAAAGUCAUGAACCUUUGCAUAAAGGGCUGCUGUUUUCUCCCAAUGAGAAUCAUACAGCAUCAAAAGUACUAGAUGAGAUAUGUGUCCCUGUGAAGGAAAGCACAUCGCAAGACCUUCAGGCUGAUGGUACUAAACUUGUGAACCCCAACCAGGUAUGCAUCAGAGAGGUCAAGUCUUCCCCUUCAAAACUGCUCAAGUUUCUUAAGAUUCCCACUCUCGGGGAGCGUGCCCCAGUAGCCAAUCCUCCCCGUCUUAGCCCUCAACUAACACGCAGCUCAAAGAUCCCAUGUCGCAGUAACAACUAUGAAGUGCAUCAUUCACCUGUUCCUACCCGCAAAGCAACCACAGCAGAAAGGCAAAAACAGCCACCCUGUCCCAAAUCAGAGCCGUAUCCAUCCACACAUUCUGCACCAACCUCUCCACCGCUAUCUGAUGAUCCACCUCCAGUGGUGCCAAAAGAGCUUAACUGUGGCAUACCUAAAAGUAGUCGAGGAUGCAAACCUACAGCAACUGCCUACUCACAAAAGACACCCCAGAAAAUACCACACUAUGAAAAUAUUCCUGAUCUCUCCAGUGCUGGUGGAUCAGAUAUAUCCAAGGUUCUUGGAGAGGUGAGCUCUGCACUCCGUUAUGCCAGCUCGAACACAGAGAAAGUCAAAGGAAAGAUAGGAAACCUUGGACUAGAAAGGCCCAUAAGUUUCAAAUCUCAAAAGGACACUUCACAAGGAUCUGACUUCUCAGAUCAAGAUGAGAGCCCAGAUAGCCCUGUAUGGCAUAAGCAGGCCAACCAUCGCAGUUUGCCUACUCAGUCAUCUUCACAGAAGUCACAAAUGAGUGGCAUGCGGUCCAGAAGCCAAGAAAAAAACGAGUUGGUGAAAGACAUACAAAGUGCAGGUUCACCUAUUAAAAAGAAUGAUCCACCACCCAUUCCUAAGAAGACGGGUGUGGGCCGACAGCUGGGUGAAUCAAGCCAUUCCUUCAAAGAAAGACUAGCUGCACUUGGCAAGUUGAGGAACACAGAAGAAUCCGCUUGCUCGCAGGCAAAUGAUAAAAAAGAAACGCCUCCUCGAACCAGUGACAAAAGCAAAACUGUUGACUAUGAAACUGAAGAACAAACACUUUUAAAUAAUACAGAUUCUGUUGAAGAAAAAUCAUAUGUUUCGAGUCAUAUGGACAGUGCUCUCUCCAAACUUUCUGACCAAGGCAUCAAAUCAAUACCUGCAAGCUCUACAAUCUCUAAGCUGGAAAGCGAAUCCUCUAGAAUGUCUCUUGCAAAACCGGAAAGCCCUAAAUCUAAAAUGCCAGCACUGUCUACCAACUUAGAAGCUGCACAAGCUUUGCGUAGCUAUGCUAAAAGUACAACACCACAUAGUCUUUCAUACAGUGGCAAAAACCUUUCUAGUCCCCACAGCAGCAGCCCUAACAGGAUUCCUUUAAAAUCUCCAACUAAAACUGUGCCAGCAUCUAUAAACCGAGAUGCAAAACCAACCCAGGAGCUUCCGAGGUACUUGUCCAAAUCUGAAGACAGGAGCCAAUCCCGAGCCAGUAAGAAGAAAAAUUCAUUAGGGGAGAGCCUUCCUCCACCACCUCCAAGGCCUACAGAGUCAGUUGAAGAAAAGAGGCACUCCGCGCCAAGCCCUCAGUCCUCCAUAGAGCAAAAGGUCAUGAAAGGCAUAGAGGAAAACAUGCUGAAGCUUCAAGAACAAGACAAGACUCAAGUACCUGAGGUUAAACAGAAGGCCUCCAGUGGAAUCGCCAACUGGUUUGGCUUGCGUAAAAGUAAGCUGCCAGCUCUUAAUCGAAAACCCGAGGCUUCAAAAGGCAAAGACGAAAAGAGAGAAUGGAAACUCAAUAUAUCCUCAGGGGGAAAGGAUUCUAAAGUGGCUACUAAAAAGCCAGAGAGCGAGAGCUUAAACAUAUCCAUGUUAAUGGAAAAAGCGGAGGGGCUACACAAAGCCCUUGAAGAGGAACGUGCCUAUGUGAAUGGCGUUGCUAUGGACCGACAAGGAAAGGGCCAUUCCUGUGAGGUGGUCAUGGACCAAGCUCAGGGGCAGCUGUCUGUAAUGUACAGGGGUGUGCCAUCAGACAACUUCAUGCAGCAGCUGCUUAACCGGGUGGAUGGAAAGGAUGUUGGCGGUAUCGGUGUGGCUCAUCGACGCUUAUCAUUUGAUUGCAAAACCAGGCCAGUCUUCAGCCAUCAUAUUGCAAGUGCUGUUUGUCAGACCAGAAGUAGUGAGGACAUGGAAAAGGCUGCCUCUUUAAUGACUAAAGUGGAUGGUGUGUCUGAUGAGAACCUGGCUGAUUCAAUUCACCAUGAACACUUUGCAGGCUCUGGAAUUUCCACACACACCCUGGACAGUGGUAUUGGCACGUUUCCUCUUCCUGACUACAGUGUGAACGCUGGAUGUAAAAGUGUUCCCAAAGGGAAGGCCCAAGGGGAGAAUGAUGCUUCUUUUCCUCAGGGACGACAUUGCUCAGGGAUAAAAAUUCCCCAUAAGGCCUGGACCUUGGAAAGAGAGCUGUCUUCUUUGGAGGAAGAUUACAUCAUGGGGCAGGAAUUAAAUAGUACCCUACUGCAGGGCAAACUUGCAUCCAACCAAGUUGCUGAGACGGGCCAAGAAGGAGCUGACGUCUGUGGCAGACCCGUAAGAUCUGGUUCCACAAAGAACUGGACAUUCCCCAACCUCAAAGGAUCAACAGAGCCGUCUGAUGUUUAUCUUGGAGUCGAAGAGGCCUUAGAUUCAGUGAACCAGAAGAGCUCAUUUAGGAGGCGCUCAAAGACCAGUGACUCCCCCAUCAGGCAUGCCAGUGACCCCAGAAGCCUGCCGCAGCCGAGUCAGGUGCGCAGAGGCAAGGCACGUCCUCCUGUCAACCCAGACCUGGGUAGAGAACCUGGGUUAGAGCUGGUGAGAGAAAGGCCUGAUGAUACACUUUCCCCUGGCCACCCCCAGGUCUUAGAGACCCCCGAAUCCCUUAGCGACUCUCUCUAUGACAGCCUGUCCUCCUGCGGUAGCCAAGGCUGAGAGGGGGAGUGCCAGUAGCUGAGUUGGAUAGGAUUUUACUGACCAUGAGGUACUUUUUCUACACCGUAACCUUGGUCGUGUCGGGCAGCAUUUUUAUUUUUAUUUAAAAGCAUUCACAAGACAACACGCUUUUGGCACCAGAGGACACGCACACGACGUGUUCCUGCAAGAAGUCACCUUUUAUCCGAGAGUCACCUUUCUACUGGAUGCAAGCCAGCGUGGACAAGUAUGUGUGGUGGAUUUGAGGAAUUCAUCAAAUUUCCGUUCUCGUCAUUUUUAAUUAUAAUUUUUUUAAACAAACUUACACCGUAUUUUUUCUGAUUCAGGUAGUAGCAGAAUAGACUUGUCACCUUUCGGUCAUUGAAUUGUUUGUCAUGAUUGGUCACUUAAAACCAUUACAGGUCUUCCAUAAACAAACAAAUUCUCAAUUGUCUCUACAUGUACAUUAGCGCACAUCUUUCGUUUAACAUAGUUGUGUAAAGUUAUUGCAAAGUGAAUCGUGUAUAUGUAUGUGAUUUUUGUUGAUAAUUUAAAAUGCAUAUUUUAUGUAAAAACAAAAAAUUAGAUAAAUUGGUGUACAAUUGGAAUUGGACACUGAUUUCCAUUAGGUCCAUUAUCUGUUAGAUGUCAACAACUUGUAGCAAUAAUAAAGUACUAUCCGUGUGUGAUAGCGCUACAGUGUUUUACAGUGAA